ACUGCCUUUGGUUCUGCACUAAUCUCAGUCGUUAGACGUCAUAGAGGAUUCAAUUCCAUAAGACACCUACCUCAAACUAACCACAUGCCAUUACCCUUGAUCUUUUCAAGAUCAUUAUAAACUUCAUUCUCGGAAUAAAUAAAAAACAAAUUUUAUGCUCUAUUUGAAUUGAUUUGUUUGAGUUUAUCUACCGAUGACAUUAUUUGAGAAAAUUUAUAAAAUCAACUUAUGACAUAUUUAAAAAACAAAAACAAAAAUUAGGACCAAACCGGACGGUAGUAAAGUAGUGCGACCGAGCACAGUGAGCGUAUAUAUAGCGUAACUACAAGUCAUUGCUUACGACUCUUUUUUCUUCACAUUUCACAAUCAAUUUGUUGUGUGUGGCUCUUCACAUUUUCACAGCACAACAAUUCCAGUUCAAUACAAUGGCGGAGCCACCGCCUCCGCCUCCUUCCCUCACUUCUCUCUGCAUCGAUGAUCUCACUAGACAACUCCUCUCCGGUGAUGGUUAUGUUGUUCAUAUUAUUCAAGAUAUAUAUGAGCUUCCGUCACAUUUACUUGAUGAAUUAAUCUCGCGUUUACCUCCUGUUGCAUUGUACAAUUUCAAUCUUCAUAUGCCAUUUCAGGAUCUGAAUACGGAAGAUGUUCCGCACGAUGACUCAACAAACAAGAGAAAACGUUUCAGGGAUUGGAAUCUAAAUACAGCCUGGCAGAAGUUGUUUAAGUUGCGGUGGCCUAAUAUCAUUGAUCAGAUCCAACCAACCGACUGGCAACAAGCAUACUGGGAAACCCAUUUGCAAAAUUGUCUGGAUGAAGCAGCAGAGAUAGCACUAAUCACAUCUUUUAAAGGACGUAUUGGUGACAUACAGAUUUCAGACCGAAUACUGCGCUAUAUUGGUUUUGCGAGACUUACAAAACAAAAAUACAGUAAAUGUUCAAAACUCUCUUAUCAUUGCCUACAAUUUGCCAGCCAUGUGAGUUGUCUGACACUGCAGAAUGUUCUGUGCACUGCCGAAACUACUCGUUUGUUGAGGGAAUGCAAGCUGCAGAGUCUGGUGCUAAGAUGUAUCCGAUCUAAGGAACAGGUUGAUGGAUUAUGCAAACUUAUCACUCAACAUAGCAGAACAUUAAAGUCGCUGGAGUUUAUUCACUGCACAGUCUACGUAGAUUUUAUUAAUGCAAUACUUGCUUCUGUUGGCAUAAAGGGUGUCCCAAAACAUGGGAUCCAACACCUCUCAAUCGUCUCCUCAAGUUUUGGAAAAUGCACCGUUUCUUUACCUAGUGGGCUUGAAUCAUUUUUGUCUUCAGCAAGGUCCCUAUGCUCAUUAAAACUAUUUGACAAUCGCCUUGGACGUAAUUUUGCAAAAGCUCUUUUUGUGACUCUUCUCGAAGCUUCUUCUAGCAUAUCUGUCCUUGACCUUUCUGAGAAUGAAAUAGCGGGAUGCCUUUCUUACUUUAACCGGAGACUAUCUAGUGGUUCACAUCUGUCUGUUGGAAUUGGAAAGUCCUUGCAACUGUUGCGUGUGCUCAACCUGAGGGGGAACAAUUUACGGAAAGAUGACGCAGAAAAUCUUGGAUAUGCUCUUGCGUACAUGCCUAACCUGGAGGACCUAGAUAUAAGUGACAAUUCAAUUGGGGAUGAUGGAAUCAGGUAUUUAACCCCAUAUUUUGCUGGAACAUCUCAAACGUGCUCCCACUUGGCUUGUUUGAAUUUAGAGUCUUGUCAACUGUCAGCUGAAGGAGUUAAUCAUCUUCUAGAUUCGCUUCUUACACUCAAUGGACCAUUGAAGUCUCUUUCCAUUGCUGAAAAUUACCUUGGGAGCAAAGUAGCAGGUUCUUUGGGAAGAUUUUUGAGCACACCUAUCGAAGUAGUUGAUGUUUCAGGCAUUGAUUUCCGUCCAUCUGGUUUUCAAGAGCUUAACAAUAUUAUACAAGAGCUUCAAAAUAUGCUUCUGAUAAAGGAGGAUCUUAAGUUGGUGAAAAUUAAUAUAAGCAAAAACCGUGGUGGGAUUGAAACUGCCAAGUUUUUGUCAAAACUCUUGUCACAGGCUCCACAAUUAGUUGAUGUGAAUGCAGCAAGUAAUUGUAUGCCUAUUGAAUCACUGCCCAUCAUCUCUUCUGCAUUAAAAAUUGCAAAAGGUAAUGUUCAGCGUUUGGACUUGACGGGGCAUCAAUGGGCCUAUAAGCCAGAGCAUGCUUCACUACGCACUGAAUUUGUACAUAAUGGAAAACCUAUAUUGAUUCUUCCACCGUCAUCAGCCACUGCUCCUCCUUGUGACCAUGAUCCUUAGAAAACAAAUUUUGUUUGAGAACUACAGGUUUUCAUAUCAAAACUGAUAAAUAUUAAAACCACAAGCUGCUCUCAAAAGAACUAAAAACUUCACAAAAUUGAAUAUUAUUAGAUAUUAUUGAAUUGAACGUCCUUCUGUGAGUGCCGCUUUAGAUAUGAUUUUGGAUUACUUUUUUAAAAUUGAACCAAACUUAAUCAAACAGCAUAAAUAAUUUCUAAUACUUAUUUGGAAUUAUUUGUAUACCAUCAUAGUUCCCAAAGGUUUUUUACAAUCCACUGUGGUUCAUUUCUAUUUA